CGUGACGUGUCUGUGAGGAGUUUGAGGGACGAGGUCGGUGAGCUGAGGCCUGUGUGGUCAGCCUACAGCUCUCUGCCGUUUAAUAUGAGGUUCGCCUGCUGUCUCUUGGCGGACUGUUGUGACCGGCGGCCUGCCUUCUUUUCGUGCACCGGUUUUGCUGCGUUCGCGUAAGGGGCGGCUUGGUGAAGAUGGCGGAUGUGGGCCCGGCUCUGGCCCGGGAAGGCUGGUAUCUUUCUCAAGAAGGAAUUGAAGCCUGUACUAGUUUGUCCACAAAAUCUGAUGUAAAAGAUAUCAUUCGUAUUGCACUAAAUAGUGAUUUAAGAGCCAUUGGGAAAAAAUUUCUUCCAAAUGAAAUCAAUGGUGGACGAAUGGAACAGCUUGAAGGCCCAUGUGUCUUACAAAUUCUGAAGAUCAGGAACAUCUCUGCUCCAAAAGAUCACGAGGAGUCACAAGCUGCACCGAGAAUGUUGCGGGUGCAGUUAACAGAUGGGCACGUGAAUUGCAUAGGCGUAGAGUUCAGCCAACUAUCUAAAAUAAGCCUCAAUACCCCACCUGGAACAAAAGUAAGAUUAUUUGGAACUAUUAAAAUAAGAAAUGGAUUUCUGUUGUUACACGACACCAACGUUCUUGUACUUGGUGGUGAUGUGGAUCAGCUAAUUGAAAAAUGGAAACUGCAAAGGAGUUUGGCAAAGUACAAUAGAAGUAAUAUUGGAGCUGAAGGUGGACCACCUCCUUUCGUCCCCUUUGGGCAGAAAUGCAUGUCUCGUGAUCAAGUUGAUAGCAGAGAACUUGAUAAAAGGAAAACACUACAAGUUACUAGCACAAAUAAAACCGGGGGUGAUGAUGAAUUUGAAAAGCAAAGGACUGCCGCUAUUGCUGAAAUUAGCAAGAAUAAAGAGGCGAAGACAUUUGGUGGAGGGAACAAUGCCCGGAGCAAUUUAAACUCGAGUGGUGCAGGCAACAGAAGCAAGGACACCUUCCAGAAGAACAAAGAGGAAAGGAGUGCAAGAGUGGAUGGGAAACCUGAAGGAGUAUAUCGAGAAUUGGUUGAUGAGCGAGCUUUGCAGCACAUAAUUGAAAUGGGUUUCAGCAAGGAGGAAGCAAGACAAGCUCUGAUGGAGCACAGCAAUAGUUUGGAAAAUGCAUUAAAUUUUCUUCUCAACAGCAUCAAAACGCAACCUCCUGUGCAUAACCCCGUAAGAGGGAAAGGAAGAGGUAGAGGGAGAUCAAGGUCUGAAGAUGAUGAUGAUUUAGCAGGUGCCAGACCAUCUGCACCAAGCACAUUGUUUGACUUCUUAGAAUCAAAGAUGAGUUCCUUGACUGUUGAAGAGUCAAAACUGCAACCUCUACAUCAUUCAGGUGCUGAUAAAGAUAUUGCUGUGAAGGGCUUUCAGCAGAAGAAUACACCCUGGAAUAAUGAUCGACCACAAAGACAUGACAGACCACCUCGUUUUCAAAGGGAGAAUAUACUGGCAAGGCAAGCUUCUGAGAACUGUGGUCCACAGAAGGGCAGAGGUCCUGAUAGGCAGACCUCUUCGGGAUGUGGCCACUGGAUAGAUGAUGGAAGAAGAGGUGGCAGACAUUAUGCUGGGCAUGGACAAGUAGUUCACUUGGAUAAUGAACCAACUAGAAAGGGUAAGGGAGAGAACCCAACAAAUAAAUUUGGAGAUGGUCCAAGUUCAAUGGAAUUUAAAGGCAGCCUGAGUCAAAAAGAUAAACUGGAAAAUAAUACUCAACAGAGAGCAAAAUUUGAAAACCAACGACAUAAUUAUAAUCUUUACAAUGAGCGGAAAGCCAUGGAACUGUCGCAAAUGAUAGGUAGUGGAAUCUCUAGAAAUGUGAAUAAUGAAAAGGACUUCAAUUUUCAUGCUGACGACAACUAUGAUGCACAAGUUGUUGGUGCAAAUAACACAUCUAAUGGACAAAUAGAUCCCUUUCUGAGAAAAAGAACAGGACCUAUAAAAUCCACAGAAUCUGUCCAGUCAAAGUUUGCUGAAUAUUCGCCGAGCAAUAAUGGAAUUUAUGAUUCAGUGUCAAAGAAAAGAACUGGGCCAAUUAAGCGGGAAAGAACAUGGGAAAAACCGUACGACACCGAGAAUUCAGCUUCGGCACUGUCGAGUAAAACACAGCUUAGUGAUUGGAGACCAGGGGAUCAGUGCUUAGCUCUCUACUGGGAAGAUAACAAGUUCUAUCGUGCUGUCAUCAAGGCACUUCAUCCUUCAGGAGUGACAGCAGUUGUUGUGUUCAGGGGUUAUGGAAACUAUGAGGAAGUACUUCUAAGUAAUAUUAAACCACUUCAGGAGGAAUUCUGGGAAGAGGAGGAAGAAUCGUUUGAGAACACGUUAGAAUUUUGUCAUGGUGGAAAUGGACAGCCAAGGCGCUCAACAAGACCUACUCAACAGUAUUACCAACCACCCGGUGCAAGAAAGUGAUGCAAGUAAGUGGUACUUAAAUGGAUUGCAGAAGUGGAGUAUGGUUUUGUUUCCAGCUGUAUGGUUUACAAUUAAUGAAUAUAUACUGUGCAAAGGAAAAUACUGGACCCUCAAUGAUGGACUUGAGUUCCAUAAUGUACAGCCUGAAGAACUUUUUGUACAUGUAAUAAUUUUUAAUCCUAUUAAUAAAACUUGUAGUGUAUUGAGAUAAUAUUUUGCCUUUGUAGUAUCAUUCAACUACAAUAUUCCAUACCACUAAAAUGCUUCAUGACAAUUUGUCUUUGGUUUCCUUUUUGUGUUUAUCAGUGAAGGUUUAUUAAAUAUUUAAAGGGCAUAAAAUUGUGCUUUUUGAAGAUCUGAUGGAAAAAGAAAAAUGUGAAUGUGGGAAAUGGAGGGAUAAGUAUAGAGAAGAUUUUUAAUAAUUUAAUGUAAUCAUUCAAAAUAACUCCCUUUUUCUCAAGUGCACUUUAAAGAAUGCAGUUACAAAGUUCAAUAGUUUUGG